AUGGCGGCUCAAGUAAAAAAGGAGACCAAUGGCGGCCACACAAACGGCAAGAGUAAAGACUCGCAGCACCACAACGAAGAUGAUGAAGAUUCCCCCGACGAGGAACUCCUCCGCGCAGCUGCUCUUGCCGAUGACCAGGACCACGAUCUAUCCUCCUCUUCCCCGCAACCCUCCUCUACCGCAGCCACAAGCACAACACACUCGUCGCCCAUGGCUGGCUCGUCGAGCAACAAGGCGCGCAACGCUGCCCAGGAUGUAGAUGCUCCCGUCCACGAAGAGCGCUUCAAUAAGCUCAAGUUCUUGCUCCAGCGCUCCGGCGUCUACUCUCGCAUCAUGGGCGAAAAGAUGGAAAAGGAACGCAAAGCUCGCGCCGAGGCUGCUGCAAAGCAACAGGCACGUCGCGACGCCGCCGCAAAGGCAGAUAGCACCCCAUCCGAUCCUCAACCCCUGGCUGCUCCCGCUCGCAAGACUCGUUCAGGCGCCAACGCUACCGACGAAAAGCCUUCCGCACCCGUUACCUCUGAACGCGAGCCACGCCGUAAAGAUACCCGCAAGCGCAAAGCAGAAGAUUCCUACCACGUCUCGUCCUACAUCGACGAAGGCGACCUCGAAGCUGCCAAGCAACAAGCAGAGAAGGCCAACAAGAAGGCCAAGCCAGACUCAUCCGAAGCCACCGACAACAAAGCCAACGCCGCCAACGAAAGUGGUCGUCGAAACCAGCCCAAGCUCGUCACCGGCGCAAAGAUGCGCGAGUAUCAGCUCGACGGUCUUGAAUGGCUCAUCAGCCUCUACGAGAACGGUCUCAACGGUAUCCUUGCCGAUGAAAUGGGUCUCGGCAAGACGCUCCAGACCAUCUCCUUCCUCGCCCAUCUCCGCGAAAAGGGUGUUUGGGGCCCCUUUCUCGUCGUCGCACCCCUCUCCACCAUCAACAACUGGGUCCUUGAAUUUGAACGCUUCACUCCCGACAUCCCUGCCGUCAUGUACCACGGCGACCCGGACGUGCGUCGAGACCUCCGCGAUCGCCGUCUCCGCAUGCCCCGCGACAAGGGCGCGCAACAGCACUUCCCCGUCGUCGUCACCAGCUAUGAGCUCAUCAUCCGCGAUCGAAAAUGGCUUGCAAACUAUCCCUGGAAGUUCAUCGUCGUCGACGAAGGCCAUCGUCUCAAAAACCUGAACUGCCGUCUCAUUCGCGAGCUCAAGACCUACCGCAGCGCAAACCGCCUCAUCCUCUCUGGCACUCCCCUUCACAACAACCUCGCAGAGCUCUGGUCGUUGCUCAACUUCAUUUUGCCUGAUAUCUUUGACGACCUCGCCACCUUCGAGACCUGGUUCGACUUUUCCGAUAUCCACGAAGAGCAAGGCCAGUCUCGCAUUCUCUCCAAGGAGAGCAGCUCCCAGGUCAUCACACAGCUCCACGAGAUCCUCAAGCCUUUCUUACUUCGCCGACUCAAGGUCGACGUGGAAACCGACCUCCCGCCAAAAAAGGAAUACUUGCUCUACGCCCCCUUGACCGAACUUCAAAAGGAGCUCUACAAUUCGGUCGUCAACGGCGAGAUCCGCAGGUGGCUGCUCGAGCGCAAGACCGGCUUGCCUUGGAGCCAGAUCCAGGCGAUCCUCGACGAUCCAGAUGGCAUUAACACUGCUUCGUCUUCCGCCCCUACCACUCGUGCUGCCUCGGCAGAUCAGAGUCGUCAUCAGUCACCGCAUCCCUGGGCAGUCGCAAACAAGAGAAAGGACAUCCACGCAAAACUCAAUGUCGACGAAGCUGACGAGCAGCCGGUCAGGCGCGGUCGCGGUCGACCUAGCAGAGGCAAAACCGCCAGAGACUCCUCGAGCAAUUUCCAGGCGGAUGCUGAUGACCAGACUGAUUCCGGCGCUUCCACUCCUCGUCAGCAAACCAAUCGACGCGCUAAACGGGGUGUCGACUACCAGGUCGAUGAGAUGAGCGACAACCGCUACUUCGACAAGCUUGAGCGGGAGCUCAACCGCGGUCCCAAGCAGCUUACUGCUGCCCAGGCCGAGCGACAGGGCAAGCUCUUCUCGAUCCGCGAAGCACAGAAACAGAUCAAAAACAUGCACCUCGAGAACACUGUCAUGCAGGCUCGAAAGAUUUGUAACCACCCGUUCCUCUUUGAUUGGCCUGUCGACAUGGACUCGGGCACCUUUGUCGUCAACAAGGACCUCAUCAACGCAUCGGGUAAGAUGCUCAUGCUGAACCGCUUGCUGGAUGAACUCUUCCAUCGCGGACACAAGGUGCUCAUCUUCAGUCAAUUCACCACCAUGCUCGACAUCAUCGAAGAGUGGGCCAACGAGUUCAAGGGCUUGCGCACCUGCCGCAUCGACGGUACCACGCCUCAGGAGGAACGUCGAGCGCAGAUGAAGUCGUUCAACGAAGACAAGGGACCGGAUGCGUGCAAUCUCUUCCUGCUCAGUACGCGUGCCGGUGGUCUAGGCAUCAACCUCGUCGCUGCCGACACGGUCAUCUUCUACGAUUCCGACUGGAACCCUCAAAUGGAUCUGCAGGCGCAAGACCGUGUCCACCGCAUCGGUCAGACGCGCCCCUGCCUCAUCUUCCGCCUCGUCUCGGCCAGCACGGUCGAGGAACGCAUCCUCAAACGCGCCGGCAACAAGCGCAAGCUCGAAGCGCUCGUCAUUCAGCAGGGCAAAUUCCGCCUGCCCGCAGGCUAUCAGUCUUCGCUCGCCGGAGGCAAGAAGAAAAAGGAAGACGAACUGCGCGACAUUGCCAGCCAACUUCUGGCCUUGGAAUCGGAACAAGUCCAGCUGGUCAGAGACGAGAAUGACCAGAUUAUCACGGAUUACGAACUGGAUCUGUUGCUAGACCGAUCCAAGGAGGCUUAUGAGCGUAAGAUGGGCUGGAUGUCCAAUGCUCAUACCGUUGACCCCAAGAAGCCGGGUAGAAAGUCGGCGGCUGGAAGGAGCGCGUUCGAGGUUACAGAGACGAAGACCGACGAAGCCAACGAGGAAAUCGCCAAGUUGUUGGCCGGCAACUAG